AUGGAAUGGAUGGAUGGCGUAGGAAAUGAUAUACCCACUUCAAAUCCAAGAUAUUGUCACUGCACCAUCAGGAACAGCAUACACUCCACUAUGGCUGCCACACCGGAGGAGUUGUUGGGCCUCGCCGAGCCUGCACCACUGUCCCCCUCCCUCUUCCUCGACCUUCCUCCAACGACCCAUGGUGACUCACAGAAUGACCUGGCCCUGGAAUACAUUUCGCGCAUGCUCACGGAGGAGGACAUCGUCGACAAGUUCUUCUACCAGUACCCUGACCACCCGAAGCUCCUGCAGGCGGAGCAGCCCUUUGCCGAGAUCCUCGCCGACACCUCAUCAUCCGCCGCCCAGGAGUCCUUUGCCUCCUCCACCUCCAUCUUGAUGGCCAGCCAAGGAAACAACACGGACUUCAUGGUCUCCGGGUGCCAGGUACAGGAUCCAGUCUUCUUCUUGAACGGCACAGGCACGGUGGAGCCCAAUAGUAUGGUGUUUCCCAGCAAGAGCAGCACCAGCAUGAACAUGCUGUCGAGCAUGGAAUUCUUCAAAGGCAUGGAGGGGGCUAACAUGUUCUUGCCCAUAGACGAUGUGAUGGUGGAUGGUACAGGCACGGACGUCAUGGUCUCCGGGUGCCAGGUACAGGAUCCAGUCUUCUUCUUGAACGGCACAGGCACGGUGGAGCCCAAUAGUAUGGUGUUUCCCAGCGAGAGCAGCACCAGCAUGAACAUGCUGUCGAGCAUGGAAUUCUUCAAAGGCAUGGAGGAGGCCAACAUGUUCUUGCCCACAGACGAUGUGAUGGUGGAUGGUAGGGGGCGUAAGAAGAGGUCUGGCAUGGAUGGUGAGGCGGAGGCGGGCUUGGGCAGGAGCAGCAAGCAAAUAGUGGUGCUGCUGCAUAGUACUACUACCUUGGAGGAGGAGGAAGCCACCGCGCUGGAGAUGUUGGACCGGCUCAUCCUCAACGGCUACGAAGCAUGCCCGAGCGAGAUGCAGGAGGUAGUACGUGUCACCUGGGAAGACAAGGAGAACAAGGCAGCACGGCAGAGCAUCUCCAGGCGUGGGAGGCGCGGGGCGAGGCAUACAGUGGUGACUGACCUAGAGACUCUGCUGACCCGCUGUGCAGAAGCAGUGGUCAGCAACGACGUGCGUGGCGCGGGCAAGCUGCUGGAGCGGAUCAAGUGUCACUCGUCGCCGACAGGGGACGCUAGGCAGCGGCUGGCGCACUACUUCACCCAGGGGCUGGAGGCACGGCUGGCUGGCACGGGGAGCCGACUGUACAGAUCACUCAUGGGGAAGCGCACCUCAGUCUUGGAGCUCAUCAGGGCCUUCCAUCUGCACACGGCCGUGAGCUGUUCGAUCAAGGUGGGGUUGCUCUUUUCCACCAACACCAUCUACAAGGCCGUUGCAGGGAGGAGGAAACUGCACAUUGUGCACUACGGCAUGACCACCGGGUUUCAGUGGCCGGACUUGCUCCGGUUGCUGGCGAAUAGGGAGGGUGGGCCACCGGAAGUGAGGAUCACCGGCAUCAACACCCCUCUGCACGGGCCCUGUCCGGAUGCACUGAUGCAGGAGGCAGGGCACCGGCUCGACAAUUGCGCGAGCCAGUUCGGCGUGCCAUUCAAGUUCCACGCCAUCGCAUCCAAGCCGGAGGAUGUCCGGGCUGAGGACCUGCACAUCGAUCCAGAUGAGGUCCUGGUCGUGAGCAGCCUAUACGAGUUCAGGACCUUGAUGGACGAGAGCCUCACCUUUGACAUGGUAAGCCCAAGGGACAUGGUACUCAAAACUAUCAGGAAGAUGAGGCCGUCUGUGUUCAUCAGUUCCGUCGUCAAUGGACCAUACGGCGCGGCGUUCUUUAUGACGCGGUUCCGCCAUGCGCUCUACUACUUCACGGCGUUGUUCGAUGUUAUGGAGACCACCGUCCCAUGGGAUGGCGACAAGAGACUUCUGGUGGAGCGGGACAUACUUGCACGGUCCGCCAUAAACAUGAUCGCCUGUGAAGGCACAGACCGGGUGGAGCGCCCUCAGAACUACAAGGAGUGGCAGGCGCGGAACCAGCGAGCGGGGCUAAGGCAGCUGCCAUUGGACCCUGAUAUCGUUCUGAUGCUCAGGGACGAAGUGAAGAAUAGGUACCACAAGCAUUUCAUGAUCAGCGAGGAUCACCGGUGGCUUCUGCAAGGAUGGAAAGGUCGGGUGCUCUAUGCCCACUCCACAUGGGCAGCUGCUGAUGCUACUGGCUCUCUAGUGUGA